GCCGCCUCGCGCUUCCUGUCACCGAGCGCGUCCCCGGGCUCGGCGGCUCCCGCGUGCGGCCCGAGCCGAUGGCCCCACAGCGGAGGGGAGCGCCCAGGGCGCCCGACGGCAGCACGGCAGCCGAGCGCCGGCGCCCGAGCAGCACCAAGAAGGACCGGGCCCUGCGGGAGGUGCCAGGGGCGUGCCUGAGGACUGCAGGCCUGGGGGCCGGCCUCGCGCUGGCCGCACUCCUGCUCUGGAGCAGUCUGGGGACCGACGACGGUGUCACCGAGGUCCUGGCUCGCCGCGGAGAGCUUGUGGCAGGAAGGUUCGUCGAGGUGCCCUGCUCCGAGGACUACGACGGGCACCGGAGGUUUGAAGAAUGUUCUGUGCUACUGGAUGUGUUCUCAGUUUCACAAAGCCAACCUAGCACCGACGGCUGGGUUUUCAGAGGCGGAAUUCGGCUUUUCAUCGGCGGCAAUGCUUCGGGCCCGAACCAAGGGAAGACUGCCAGUGCUUCCACAGAGGAGCUCCCGGGAGGAGCUGCUCUGGACAGAAUCCCGAGGGAGGAUGAGCCCACGUCUGUUGCAUGGGCUCUGUGUCCUCAUAGACUUUUCCCUGGACCUCCGGCUUUCAAGACAGUUUUUGGCUGCACCCCCAGGAAGUGUGGCAGAGGCGUCAGCGACGUUGUCAUCACCAGGGAGGAGGCGCAGCGGAUCCGCAGCAUAGCCGAGAAGGGGCUGUCCCUGGGAGGAUCCCACGGAGGGGCUUUCCAGGCGUCCAUCCUGGACCUGCACUCCGGGGCCCUGUCGGUCGGGAAGCACUUUGUGAACCUGUACAGAUACUUUGGGGAUAAAAUACAAAAUAUCUUCUCAGAUGAAGACUUCCAGUUGUACCGGGCCGUGCGGCAGAAGGUGCAGCUCGCCAUCGCCGAGGCCUUCGGCAUCAGCGCGUCCUCGCUGUACCUCACGAAGCCCACGUUCUUCUCCCGCAUCAACAGCACGGAAGCGCAGACGGCGCACGACGAGUACUGGCACACGCACGUGGACAAGGUGACCUACGGCUCCUUCGACUACACCUCACUGCUGUACCUCUCCGACUACCUGGAGGACUUCGGUGGAGGGCGCUUCGUGUUCGUGGAGGAAGGGGCCAACAAGACGGUGGAGCCACGAGCAGGAGACUCAAACCAGAACUCCAUGGCAGCCGGACCAAGCCCCCAGGGCGGCCACAGCCGAGGGGCAGCAGACCUGUGUGCCCCCAGCGCACGCCCCAGAGCAGCCGGAGUGGCCCACGGAGGCCGACACAGCGUGGGCACAUGUGAAACCCAGACACAAACGACUGCAGGCCACUGGGUCCCAUCCAUGACUGCGACGGACAGGACACGGCCACCGGGGCAGCGGAGCUGUCAGGACAGAGCCUGGGCCGCAGGUCCCUGGGGCAUCUCCAGGUCCCCAUCCUGUGGACGAUUCCAGCUAGAACCAGCUGGAACCCAGGGGUCGGCCGGAAACCGCCGGGACCUUGCCUUGCUUGCAGCCCCCGGGCAGAGAGGACUUUGGCCAAGGUCCUCUGCUGGGGCUCGGACAGGUCCGGUCAGUGAGCAGAGGUCCCGCCUCCCCGUUUGCCCACCCCUGCCCUGGUCACAGGCGGCCAGGCUGCCCACUGGGGGACUCACGCAGCAAAGGGGCCCAGGCCCCUGUGGGAGGCGUGGUAGGGGGAGGUGGGCACCUGGGAAGCGAGGGCUCAGGCCCUGAGACACCUGAAUGAGUUCGCAUUCUGAAGCCCUGCGUGGGUGUUGGAGAAAUUUGAGAAAGACCCAAAAGAACAAAGUUGUGGGUUUUUUUGUUUUUUGUUUGUUUGUUUGACAGGCAGAGUGGACAGUGAGAGAGAGAGACAGAGAGAAAGGUCUUCCUUUGCCGUUGGUUUACCCCCCAAUGGCCACCACGGCUGGCGCACUGCAGACAACACACCACGCUGAUCCGAAGGCAGGAGCCAGGUGCUUCUCCUGGUCUCCCAUGAGGUGCAGGGCCCAAGCACCUGGGCCAUCCUCC